AAACUUCAGGAAUCAUACAACAUACAGUACCAAUACAAAACGUUUGUAUAUUUGAAAAUUUUACAUUUGAAUUCAGUGCUGAAGACAAAAUAUAAUUAAGAACUGCAUGUAAAAUAAAUUAUUACGCCAAUUUUUCGUCUCCAAUGAAGUGACUAAUUUUACUAAACGAAGUUAUAAUAACUCUCUUCAGUGACUCGCCCUUCGUGUAUUUUACAUAUUCUUUUUUUUUUUUGUCUUGCGACCAGCUGGUGGUGGUGGUGUAACUGAUGGUUUUUUUAUAGUGACUUGCAUAAGACGUCCGUGAAAUUAGAAAGUUAAGAACUCAAAUAGAAAGUAUAAGUGGUUUCUAGCUCAUAAUUGUGUAUGUCUCUAGGUAUCACAACGCGAAGUCGACAUUCGCCACUGCCCUGUCAUUUUUGAUAAACAAGUGGCGAUCAGUGAUAACAUUUUUUGAAUCAUGCCGUGCCCAUUCCUGACGCGCCUGUCAUCGUCUUACAUCCAGAACCAUGGCUCCAGCCUUCUCAAGAACUACAUGCAGUACUGCCCUGUGGUGUCCCAGAUCUCCACCAUCACCUCCGUGGAGUCCUCCGGAAAUGAGAAGGAAAGUGUGGUGAAGAAAUGCCCAUUCCUGUUGGAAGUUACGCCUGUGGUGAAAGAGGCAAGCAAGGAGAUGAAAGACGACAUCAUUGACCUGUCGCCACUCGCAAGCAGAGCACAGCAGUCGUCGAAUCAGAAGGUGCUGGCAGAAGUUGAGGAAUCGUACAGUCAGCGGGAUGAGCCCGACGAGCCGAAAGGUAGUAUGUUCUCGUAUGAACGAUACUUCCACGAGCAGAUAGUGCGCAAGAAGAAAGACCACUCCUACCGCAUCUUCAAGAAGGUGAACCGGCUGGCUCAGGACUUCCCGACAGCUCACGAGUACAGCUGGGGCAAGAAGCAGAUCACAGUGUGGUGUUCCAACGACUACUUGGGCAUGUCCUGUCAUCCGAAGGUGAAGGAGGCCGUCAGGCAGGCCCUGGACAGCCACGGGGCCGGCGCGGGGGGCACCCGCAACAUCUCGGGGAACUCCUUGUACCACGAGGAGCUGGAGGGAGCGCUGGCCGCCCUCCACCACAAGGACGCGGCGCUGCUCUUCACCUCGUGCUUCGUCGCCAACGACUCCACGCUGUUCACCCUGGCCAGGCUGCUGCCAGGAUGCCACAUAUUCUCGGACGCGGGCAACCACGCGUCCAUGAUCCAGGGGAUCCGCAACAGCGGCGUGCCCAAGCACAUAUUCCGCCACAACGACCCGCGGCACCUGGAGCAGCUCCUGUCCCGGGUGGACGCGCGGGCGCCCAAGAUCGUGGCCUUCGAGACGGUGCACUCCAUGACGGGGGCCAUCUGCCCGCUGGAGGAGCUGUGCGCGGUGGCUCACUGCCACGGGGCGCUCACGUUCGUCGACGAGGUGCACGCCGUGGGCAUGUACGGGCAGCACGGCGCGGGCGUGGGCGAGCGCGACGGCCAGCUGCACAACAUGGACGUCAUCUCGGGCACUUUGGGCAAGGCGUUCGGCAACGUAGGGGGCUACAUCGCCAGCAGCCGCGCCCUGGUGGACGUGGUGCGCAGCUACGCGUCUGGCUUCAUCUUCACCACGUCCCUGCCGCCCACGGUGCUGGCAGGAGCCCGGGAGGCAGUGAGGAUCCUGGCGUCCCCCGAGGGGCAGGAGCUGCGCUCCAAGCACCAGCGCAACGUGGCCCUCAUGCGCGGCCUGCUGCUGGAGGCGGGGCUGCCCGUCGAGCCCGCCCCGUCCCACAUCAUCCCCAUCAAGGUGGGCAACGCGAUGCAGUGCAGCCGCGCCUCGGACGUCCUGCUGCAGGAGUAUGGCCACUACAUCCAGGCCAUCAACCACCCCACGGUGCCGGUGGGGGAGGAGAAGCUGCGGCUGGCCCCCACGCCCCACCACACCCCCGCCAUGAUGCACCGCCUGGCGCGGGACCUGUCGGCGGUGUGGCGUCGUCUCGACCUGCCCCGGGUGCACGACUCCUAGUGCUGACCCCGUGGCCUCGCUGCCGCUUGCUUGUAGGAUGUGCAAACCUCUAUAUUGUUUUAAUCAUUGGUGCUAAUUAUGAAACUCAUUGAUUGUUUAUCAAAUGUUAUUGAUGGAUCAUUUUUUUAUCGAGGCUAGAUUGAAUAGCACGUAAGUGAAAUUGCAGUAAUUUGUAAAGUGUCCCAUUCAUCCAAAUACUUAUUGUUAAGAUUUUUUUUUGUCAAUUUUCUUGAGGCUAAAGCAUAAUAGUUUCUUGUAUGCUGUUGACAGCAACUUGUUUGUAUUCUGUAAACAGAUCACACAACCGCUCAGUUUGAAUGACUAUUUAUACUUAUUGUAAUUAUAUUAGAAGGAAGGUGCUGGUGCAAUGCUUUAAACAACUACGUAUAUACUAACAAGGAACCUAAUAUUAUUUUAUUCUUGGGAGUUGGUAACGAAGUUGUAAGAUGAAGUGUGGCGACUUUACUUUAUACGUUUAGAUAUGUACGUUGUUAACACUCAACAUGGCACGGGUUCAAACUGUCAUAUUUAGGUAUUGACUUACCUAACACUUACAAAGGGCAGUGUGCUGAGUAACUUAGCCACUGUACUGGUCUCUUUGGUAAGCAGCAGAGUCCUUAGUUUACAGUAGUUACUGUGGCUGGAAAAAUUAAUUUAUAAAUGAUGCAAAAAAGAUGGUUUGAAGUUACAAAAUAUUUUCCAAUAAAAAAAUUAGACUGUUGUACGGUCAACCCCUCUAUUCCUGUGAAUAAUCUGGAUAUUGGUAUUUUUGGUGUUUUGGUUGUCUAGGAUUAUGCAUGAAUGUCAUAGUCUUUUAUUUUCAUUCUUACAUUACUGAAGAAAAUUUUUUAAUGCAUGUUUUUGACUAGUUAAAUUUGAUCAAUUUAUGUUAGUAAAGAUUACAUUAUUCAGUGCAGUUCUACGUAACCACUCAAGUUGUCGUAGCAAUAGUACUUGUUGACUCAGGCUACCGUGGUACCCUUCAAUUCAGACAGGUGAUACUUUGAUGUUUUUGACUUACAAGAAGGUUGAAUUUGAAGUGGUCAUGGUAGUUUUGCACUGUGGGAUUUUUUGUUUUGUUUACAUUAAUUUCUCUACUUGGCUUCCUGAAUGCUUAGGUUUAACCAAGUUGAAAGGGUCAUUUCUAAAUAGAAUGUUCUGUUGAGACCUAUGAAAAUUUAACCUUUCACACAAGAAGUUGAAGUUAGAUGUUAAUGCUGCACUGUGAUGGAACCUCCAACAUUUUAUGAGCGCUGAAUUUCUAAGGUACUGUGUCUGACCCAUAAACUCAAAUUGUGUCUCAUGCCCGUAAUUGGGAUUCAACCAAUGACUCCUGCUUCAUCACAUCAGCCUUCAUGCUUCAUCAGCCUUAGUAGUUAAUUUGCAUACAAAUAAUGGAAGUCAUAGUUUAACACCCUGGUACUAGGUAAAGGUCAUGGAAAUGCAAUAUGAAUACUGAUGUCUCACCUGUAUUAAAAAAUCUUGUGCAUUUUUGGUAACAACUGUUGCAGUCUCUGUGGUAAUGAGUUUGCAUUCCACAGCGUAUUUCUGUGUUCAAAACAAGAAAGUAAAGAUUAGGAGUGCAACAUUUCUGGUUGUUUGUGAUAAAAUAAGGUUGUGGAUGAAUUUGGUUAAACACGUCGGUAGUACUUGUGUGUGGAGAUGAAAUUUUAAGAACAUAUAUUUUGUGAAUAUACAGGCAUUUAAAUUUUAUCCAGAAUUUUUUUUUAAUAGUUUUAUAAAGUUUGAUAUUAAAUAUUAAUUUAUUUUAUAAUUGUAGCAAAAUAAUUACAUUUAUAAUUUUGUAUUGUGCAAUAUGCCAUGUUUUUUUAAGUCAAUAACUACUUAAUUAAGUAUAGUGCUCUAUUAUAAAUACUAGUAUCUCUUAGUACAGUAUUACUAGGGACAUCAUUUGUGUUUUUAUUUUAUUGCAAAAAGUGGUGUUAUUUUUCAGCUGAAAGUAGUGUUAUUUUCCCAAAUAUUUUGCAUGUGUAUAUGUGUGCGUGUGUGUGUGUGAAAAUGCAGCAUAUAAAUUGACCACCAUUUUGGUGGAAUAAAUAUUACAAAAAUGCUUUUAAAAAAUAAAAACAAUAACACAGAAUCCUUCUGUUUUAAAAAGGAAAUUGGGCAAUAAAUAAAACCAUAAAAUCUUGUCUCUAGUGAUAAGACAUCAACUGUCUGAACUAUGAAAUGGAAAACUUCACUCUUAAGUUCACAUUAAUGAUAAUCACAAGAAUCGCACCUUAACUUCAUGGAUGCUAUGUGUACAAUGUCUUAGCAGUAAGAAAUGCUAAAGAAUGAAAUCAGGAAUUUUGUUAUUUUUAUUCCUUUUUGCACCAUUUAUUCUUUUAUAACUGACUUUUUUUCUUUCACUGAAGACAUUGAUCACUGAUGUUUUAAAUUUGUUAUGAAGUGUUUCAUUUCGUAAGUUGUUACGAAUUGUUGGUAUUCAGGUUUUUCUGCUAACCUUUUUAAAAAAAUUAUUUUAUCAAGAAUUCUUUUUAUAUUUAUGUUUCAGACUAAUAUCUACUACAUGCAUUUAUUUAUAAAGCAUUUAUUUUUCUGAAAUGUUGUACUGCCAUAUUUUUAAACUGUUUUGUGUCAAAUUUGUACAUGUUUUAAUACAUUAAUAUUAAAGUAGACUCCCGAUUAUCUGGGUGUGGGUUAUCCAGUUCUUGAGUUUACUGUGGUAUAUUUUCAUUUUAUGGUUUUAAUUUUUAGAGAUAAUUCUUUUUUUAAAACAAGAAAUUCUGAUAUUGUUAUUUUUUUUUAUAAAUCCAUUUUAUUCAUAAAGAUUUUCAUAAAUGUUUUUUAAAAAAAAAAGAAAUUACUGUCAUGUAUUCCUAAAUACUAAUUUCACCAAAAUAGUACAAUUUUGACUGUUUGUGUGAUUAAUUUUUACAAUAAAAUAAUUUGUAAUAAGUAUGCCUAGGGAAGAACUGUUUGUGUGUUUGGAGAAUGUACCGAUCACAGAAGUUUACAUGAGUUACUAAUAAUUAGAGUCCCGUAAAAAUGGUUUUAUUUUUCCUUAAAUUUCGUUUUGAAAAAAUCAAAUUUCGGUUUUAUUUCGCUGUUUUGGUUUUUCAUGUUUACUUUAACUUUUGAGAAUGGUUUUAUGACCUACAAGUUUUGCUUGGCUAAAUAAUAGUGGCACGGCGUAUACUCGUAUACUGCACUCUAAAGUCAACACUAUUGGCAAAUAAAAAUUGUAGGCUUGAAACAGCUCGGCACGGCCCGGUGCCGCCUAGCGCGCUGCCUCGGCACGGCCCGGUGUCGCCUAGCGCGCUGCCUCGGCACGGCCCGGUGUCGCCUAGCGCGCUGCCUCGGCACGGCAUGUCUCAACUUAGUAUUCUUUUAAUAUUUCUUGCUGCUGUUCUUUGUCCCGUUGACGCCGUAUUCACUUGCUCUGCGGUCGUAUUGGAUUUGCUGAGAAGUGUAGUUACGGCAGUUAAAGGUCACUGAUUUUGCUUAUCAAUCGGCGUAGUGCCAUGUGUUCAUGUUUACGAGUAGUAGAGGUGUAAAAGUAACGAAAAAAAGUGUACCCGUAUGUAUUCGUUACUAUAACAAUUAGUACUCGUUACUAUCGUGUCGCUACGUUACUCGUUACUUCUGAUACCGCAUAACAUGCAAUGUUAUUUUGCAGCAACGAAUCGAGUUGUAUUGCGUACGCGUACAGUAUGACGUCACGUAAAUAAUAAUAAAUAGAAUAUAAACAAUUAACAAUAUUUGAUAAUUAACAGUUUUUGUUAACCAAGAAACAAUUAAAUCUCAUUAGAGCGGUUUUAUUAUAUUAUCUCUUUUAAGAUAAAAACAACAAAAAACGUGAAAAUACGCGAUAAUAAAUAACAAAAACAUACAUAUUUCUAAUUUGUAAAAAAUACUUUCUUAUAAACAGUAAAAAACUUGGACGACAAAUUUCCAUAUUAUACUUAAUAAACAAACAUCGUUCUUUGUAACGUAAAUUCAUCGAAUAUGCGCGCGCAUGCGUAAAACAUACGAAAAAUGCGAGUAACGAAAUCCAGCCGUGUGUAACGUUUCGUUACUCGAUACUAGAUGGCGCACCCGUUACUCAGUCAGUACCGAAUACAUACAGUUUGCUACACCUACAGCUCUAACGAGUAGGUUGCCAAGCCAGUCAAACGUAGUUGAAAGCAUGAGGUUGUUAACUGUUCAACAUGAAAGGAAGAAUUAAAAUUUUAUAUUUCUCUACAAGAUUAAUGUGUAAAUACAGCGGGUUGAAAAUCAUGGCAGCUAUAUUGUGUUGAAAACAUCGCCGGUAUUUUUUAUUAACUUUGUGUUGAUGCUCAGGUACAUUUUUCUCUUUUUAAUUAGUUUAUGAUUGCAAUUACUGCUUUCGUUUCAAAUUGUAAUGAUUACGUGACGGGAAUACUGUAAAUCAUUAUUUACUUUCAUUACAAAGCGGCCAUGUUGAAACUUAGAAAAAUGGCGAUGUGCCGUCAACGUCGUGUUUACUUGUUUUUCGCGAUGUCUUGCAUGGGUGGUCUAAUUCAUUAUUAUCAGUUUUAUUUCUCGAUGCUGUGCGAUUUCGGUGUUUUGUCGCGAAUUAAGGUAAAUUGCGGUGUUAUUUCGCGAUAUCGCGAUUCGCGAAAUUUCCGUGUCUCUACUAAUAAUGUUAUAAGAGAUUAAAGCUUAAACCAAGAAAAACUGAUUUUUUUCCAGUACAUUUUUACAGAAUACAUUCAAGUACAAACUUCAUGCAGAUAAAAUAAUAAUCAAUAAAUUCUAUUCAUUAAAAUUAUUAUUAUUUUAUUUAAAUAAAAUUAUGUUAAAAUACUUGAUUUAUUUUAGUUGAAUUUUGGUGCUUUGUGGUAUAUUUAUUGCAUUUUGUUGUUAAAUGGUGCGUUGACAUGUUUUUAGGUGUUUAAUUUUUAUUGCAAUUCAUCAUAUAGUCUUGUCUCUACCUGUUGUGUGCACAUCAAACAAAUUAGAAUACCACUGGACCAAGUAAACAUGCACCAAACUCAAUUCUUUUCUUCAAAUGUACAGUAGAAUCUCAUUAUAGCGAGCACGGUAAUAGCGAGAACACGGCUAUAACGAGGUAUUUUUGAGGAAUUUACGGCGUGAGCGCUUGAAGCGCGCUUUUGUUAUUUGUCUGCUUUAUCUCCACCCCUCUCGCUCGCCCCUAGACAUCUUGCCGUUGACGCCUGUCACAUUCUUCAGCCGUGCAGUCGCCACCUAAGUGCGUGGCUUAAAAAUAGAAUCCCAUCCUUUCUUUCUUUUAUCAAACUUCCGUUAGUUAUCUGUGCCGUCUGCCGUGUGUAGACAAAGUUUGAGAUUGGAACAGAAACAACGUAAGAAAGUAUUUUUUACAAAUUAGAAAUAUGUUUUUGUUUUUAUAAUCGCGUAUUUUCACGUUUUUUUAUUGUUAUCUUAAAAGAGAUAAUAUUAAAAAGCCGCUCUAAUGAGAUUUAAUUGUUUUUUGGUUAACAAAAACUAUUAAUUAUCAAAUAUUGUUAAUUGUUUAUAUUCUACAGUAUUUAUUAUUAUUUACGCGACGGCAUACUGUACGCGUACGCAAUACGACUGGAUUCGUUGCUGCAACAUAACAGCAUGUUAUGCGGUAUCAGAAGUAACGAGUAACGUAACGAUAGUACUAAUUAUAGUAACCAAUACAUACGGGUACACAUUUGUUUCGUUACUUUUACACCUCUAGUAGGCACUACCGUAUUUAUUUUCGAAUCGCUAGGACAGUUUUCUUGUAAGUUUUGUUUCGGUCAGUUGUUGGGGUAUUUGUCCGGGAAAGGGUGGUGAUGGUUUGAGUUUAAUCCCAAAUUUAUUUUCUAAAAAAGUUGACAGGUUUCUUUAAAUGAAAAAGUAUAGUUUUCCAGCGACUAUUUCGUUUGAGGCGUACGUGCGUUGCCGCAGCCGCACUCCUGCUAUUUUGUAAGGAAUUAAAUUGUCGCGCUACACUAGCACCACCUGUUAGCAACAUCCCGAACCAACAUGGCCGCCAGCAGACAGCCCGCGUCGACGAUAGAUAGCAGGACAAUGCUGCGUCGGCCGCGGGCUGAGAUGCUAUACUUACGUGGCGUGGUAGGGUAUUCUGGUUAUUUUGACGCAAUCGGAGAUCGAAUCCGUACUUAUGGGGUAUCGUUUUAAAGAGAAUUCACACAUCUGCUCACAGAAAUUAAUAUUUCGUUAAUAUAACCUGUUAUUUUCCAAUUAUACAGGUUUAAACACAAUUUUUAUGCUAUUUUCGGUUAAUUUUAAUUUUUGGGGGCCAAAAUUUGUCCAAUUCGGUUAUAGCGAGGACACGGUUAUAGCGAGGAUCAAACCCGGAACCGUGACACCUCGCUAUAACGGGACUCUAGUGUAUUUACCAUCAGCAGUUGUCUCACUAUAAUGUUCUUAGUAAGAAACGGGAUAUUAGAUUUCUUUUUAACUCAUUAAUGUUCAUAUAAAGAAGAAUUGGAUGGGUACCAAAUCUGCGUUUAUAGUACAUUUCUUAGAGAAAUUUUGUGUAAAUUAAAAUACAGCUAGUUUUCCUCAUUAGGUUCUCCUCUAAAUUAAAAUUGCAAGUCAUGAAGAGUAAUUUUUUUAUAGCACACAGAAUGAAAAAAAUUGGCUAAUGAAAUUUGACUAAAAUACAGAAUGUAAAAUAAGUAGCAUUGUUAAUUAUAAUGCAAUUUUUAAGAAGAAAUUUUCUAAAUAAUUAUGAAAUUUUACAAGCCUGAAAUGAAAACCUUUCAGGUGUGAAGUUGGCCACUUUUUAGGUAUUUUUAAGUAGAUAAUGGUGUCAUAUUUACUACUAUCUUUUACUUAUUAUCAUACAAAGAAAGCCAUUUCAUUACCUGAAGUGUUAUGUUUGAAUUAAGAUUGUUGGAUAUUCUACAUAACCUUACAGUUGUAGUUUUUUUAUUCUCUCUCAAGGUCUACAAACAUUUAAGGGGUGUGUAAAGCUUCAAAUAUUGUUCAAGUACAUAACACCGGCAUUAUCAUGUUACAAGGAAGAGAACCAAUCAAGUUGUUAAAAUUCUUGCUGCCAUUGAGUGGUUGCAACAGAUUGUUACAAUCUAACUGGAAAUCCAGAUCUUUAAGCAUGGUUGUGAGCUUCUCUUGCUAGUCCAUUUUGCCACACUUCUGAUUGCAGCCUCUUCUCUAUUUUUCUUUUAAUCUUAAGUUUUCACUUUUAACUUUUCUGUAAAGCCACAGCAUUUUAAUGAUGACUAAUGUUUGGAUGUAGUUCUGCCAGACAUGGUUUAAGAUACAGGCGCAAGCUGCUUUCUACAUACUAAUAUUAUUUAUAAUGGUAGAUAUAUUUUGUAUAUUGCAGUAAUUUAUAUUAUGUUAGUGACAUUGUUGUAUUGUUGGUAAAUGUUUUUAUAGAUAUUUUAUUUUAUCAUAACCCAGUUAAAAAUUACAGAGCUGCAAUCAAAUUUUAUAAUAUUUACUUACCAAAAAUAUUAAGAUAUCAAUAAAUUAAAUAUUAUUUUUUGGGGCA